CGGGAAGACUUGAAGUGUACCGUAAUGGAAGAUGGGGCACUGUGUGCGACGAUUCCUUCGAUACUAAGGACGCUCGGGUUGCAUGUAGACAUUUAGGUUGGAACUUUGAGGAGGCAACUGUCAUAGCAAGUUCUCAUGUUCCUGAUGGUUCGGGUCCCACAUGGUUGGAUGAUAUGAAAUGUAAUGGCACUGAAAAAACAUUGUUUGAAUGUAGUCACGGAGGUUGGGGAGUUGAAAACUGCGGCCAUCAUGAAGAUGUUGGUGUAAGUUGCCAUGGAGGAAUUCGCUUGAUCGGUGGUGUUACAUCGGGAAGACUUGAAGUGUACCGUAAUGGAAGAUGGGGCACUGUGUGCGACGAUUCCUUCGAUACUAAGGACGCUCAGGUUGCAUGUAGACAUUUAGGUAUAUGU